AUGUACUCAUACAGCGGCCUGGCGCCCGGGGAAAGCGUCUGGCCUCCACUGCAGCCCCUCACCUACACUUACCUGUCCGGCCCCCUACUGCUGUCCCCCGUGCAGACCCACAAUAUCUGCAGCUGGCCCCAAGCCCUGAGCACCGGCGACUGGACGGCCCCGCGGGAAUACCACUGUUUCCACGGCCCGGGCGCACCCCUGGGGGCCGCGACCCCCUGGUGGGCCUUCCCGCAGGCCUACGUCGCGACUCUGCGCCAGCCCUUCCCCGUGCUCGGCUAUUCGGGGCCGUCGCUGCAGAUGCCCGCUGAGGCAGGGACACCCGCGCCGGAGAGCUGGGCGCAGUGGCCGGAGGGCAGUAGCCUGCAGGCACAGCUGCGCUGGGGCCACGUGGAGCACACGCUAGGCCCGCGCCUAGAGCUACCGGACGUGGUGCGCCGGGAGCUGCGGCGCGUGUACGGCACGUACCCACGCACCGACGUGCGCGUCACUUUCCGCGGCGGUGAGUUCCUGCUUCAGGCCGUGCCGCUCGUCAGGGAGCCGCAUUACAGCGAGCAGAGGCCUCUGCAGCGCCCGACUGCCAGCAGCAGCGGCAGCAGCGGCGGCGGCGACCGCAGCCUCGCCAGAGAAACGGUGGAGCGCGGCAGCCGGAAGAAGAGAAAAGGCCUGGGCUGA